ACCCUAAACUCGAAUUUCUUUUCCCACUUCUUCUUCUCGCGCUCUCUCUCGAAACCCUAGUCAGCCCCAUCCCUAGCUCUGCAAUUUCUCUCAAAAAUGUUGGAGCUUCGUCUUGUGCAGGGUUCUCUCCUCAAGAAAGUCUUGGAAUCGAUCAAGGAUUUGGUUAACGAUGCCAACUUUGACUGUUCGGCCACUGGAUUCUCGCUCCAAGCCAUGGAUUCGAGCCAUGUUGCCCUGGUUGCUCUUCUCCUUCGAGCGGAGGGCUUCGAACAUUAUCGCUGCGAUAGAAACAUUUCCAUGGGAAUGAACUUGAAUAACAUGUCGAAAAUGCUCAAGUGUGCUGGUAACGAUGAUAUCAUUACGAUCAAGGCCGAUGACGGCAGUGAUACUGUCACUUUCAUGUUUGAAAGCCCUACUCAAGAUAAGAUUUCGGAUUUUGAGAUGAAAUUGAUGGACAUCGACAGUGAGCAUCUUGGAAUUCCAGAUGCAGAGUAUCAUGCUAUUGUUAGGAUGCCUUCUGUUGAGUUCGCUAGAAUAUGCAAAGAUCUCAGCAGCAUUGGUGAUACCGUUGUAAUUUCUGUGACGAAGGAGGGUGUAAAAUUCUCAACAAGAGGUGAUAUUGGAUCUGCCAAUAUUGUUUGCAGGCAGAAUACCACAGUAGACAAGCCUGAAGAAGCAACAGUUAUAGAGAUGAAUGAGCCGGUUUCUUUGACGUUUGCUUUAAGGUAUAUGAAUUCCUUCACUAAGGCAACGCCCCUUUCAAACACGGUCACCAUCAGCUUGUCCUCUGACCUACCUGUUGUUGUCGAAUACAAAAUAGCAGAGAUGGGAUAUGUAAGGUUUUACUUGGCUCCCAAAAUAGAAGAAGAUGAGGAUGAGACAAAGCCUCAAGCCUAAAUAUAUUUAGUCAUUUGUUCUAUAAAAUCCGUUUAGAAUAUUUCCUAACUUUAUUUUUUCUUUUUCUUUUUAUUCUGUAGUAUAGCAGUUGUGAGUUGUAGUUUAGGAGUUUUUAUAGUCCAAUAUGUACUCUGUUUCCAAGCUUAAAAUUUUCAUUCUUUCCCCCUCUUAUCUUAUCAUCAUUUGAUUUAAUAGGAUACUUGAGGAACUGAAAUUGAAUAUUUUGGGCAGUAUUAUGAUUACCACAAACGGUGAAGAGUCUUUGGUAUAAAACAGCUCUUAAAUAUUCAUAAUUUAUGGAACGACAGAAUUUUUGGACUA